GGUCCUCAAGACUCCACGCCCUUCACUUGUGGGCGUGGUUGUCUUCCUUUCGCCAUGAUGAACAAAUGACCUCGCGGGGAAUGAAAUUUAAAUUCCACAAAGGCGAGCGAGUUCUCUGCUUCGAGCCGGAUCCGACUAAGGCGAAGGUGCUUUAUGAUGCCAAGAUUGUUGACAUUGUUAUUGGAAAAGAUGAGAAAGGAGGAAAGAUUCCAGAAUAUCUGAUCCAUUUUAAUGGUUGGAACAGAAGCUGGGACAGAUGGGCAGCUGAAGAUCAUGUUCUUCGUGACACUGAUGAAAACCGCAGAUUACAACGUAAAUUGGCAAGGAAAGCUGUGGCUCGCAUGAGAAGGAAAGGAAAGAAAGGGCGUUGCAGAUUGCCUGGUGUUGAUUCUGUACUGAAGAUCCUUCCUGCUGAAGAGAAUGAUAAAAGCAGUGAAAAAUCUAUAAGUAGUUCUUCUUCUGAUGACAGUGAUGAAGGCACAGAUGAAGAAAUAAAGAGUGAAGAAAGUGACGUGGAUGAGAAGAUAGAAAUGAAAGAAGAGCAAGAGACUCAUACUAAACGGGACAUGGAAGAGAGAGCAAUUAACAUUGAAAUUCCUGAAAUCUUGAAAAAAAAGCUUGAAGAAGAUUGUUACUAUAUUAAUAGGAGAAAGCGGCUGGUGAAACUGCCAUGUCAAACAAAUAUAAUAACCAUUUUGGAAUCGUACGUGAAGCAUUUUGCCAUUAAUGCAGCUUUUUCAGCCAAUGAAAGAUCACGGCACCACCAAAUGUCUUCACACACCAACUUGAAUCUGCACUAUGUCCCACCAGAAAAGAAUGUUGAAUUGUGUAAAGAAAUGGUGGAUGGGCUAAGAAUAACCUUUGACUUCACUCUUCCACUGAUUCUGCUGUAUCCCCAUGAGCAAGCACAGUUUAAGAAGGUGACUUCCUCCAAAUUUUUUCUUCCCAUCAAAGAGAGUGUAGCAAACACUAACAGAAGCCAAGAAGAGCUUUCCCCAAGCCCACCACUCCUGAACCCAUCAACUCCACAGUCCACAGACAGUCAAACUAUUAUUGGGGAAUCUGCAACACCUAAACGCCGAAAAACUGAACCUGAAAUACUGCAGUCUCUAAGGCGUUCUACACGUCACACAUCCAACUGUGACAGAUUGUCAGAAAGUAGUUCUUCUCCACAACCGAAACGACGGAAUAUUGAGGCUCCUGCUUCAAUGCCAAAAUUGUUUUUGCAUCUUGAAAAAAAAACUCCUGUUCACAGUGGGUCAUCAUCACCCAUUACAUUGACUCCUAGUAAAGAAGGCAGUGCAGUAUUUGCUGGUUUUGAAGGCAGAAGAAAUAAUGAAUUAAAUGAGGUGUUGUCAUGGAAACUUAUGCCAGAGAACUAUCCCCCAGGUGAUCAGCCUCCACCGCCUUCUUAUAUUUAUGGAUCUCAGCAUUUACUACGCAUGUUUGUAAAGCUUCCAGAGAUACUAGGGAAGAUGAGCUUUCCGGACAAAAACCUAAAGGCAUUAGUAAAGCACUUUGAGUUGUUUCUAAGAUCAGCACAAGGAGUCCCAAAAGCUGCAGUCGCAGUCCAGGAUCAGGGAGGAUCAGGGUGGCUAUGUUCAGAGGGCUUCCCCAGAGGACCUUCAGGUGGUAGGCGCUCAUUCGGCUGAUGGGCUUAACUCUGAUUAAUGCUCUCUAGUGCCGCCGCCCCCGGUGAAUGAUGGCCAGUCUGUUCAUUAGAGUUCUGUCUCUGGGUAAGUCAGAUGCUAUGGCUGGAGAUGGCAGGUAGUUCUUCAUCUCCUUUCCGGGUAACGAGAACAAGCCAAGAGGGGCAACAACUACAGUGAUUUCCAGCUGCCAUGUGGAUCUCGCGCUCCUUGCCUCCUUUCAGGGAAGCGUGAUACCCACACUGACUACAUCCCUUGGACAAGGUGUCACUCUUAACUGUGGCAAUGACAUCUCUGUCCUCACCAAAAGGACACAGCAGCUCAGAGGAAGUAGUCCUCGAGGUAGUGUCUGUCAAAGGCCUUGGAAGUGGUCAGACCUCUGUGUGGAUGAGCAGCAGUACUAUAGAUGCAAGCCUCAGGGUAUGAGUGACUCAUUGCCCAGGGCAGGUAUACUUCUCAGGAAGCAAGUCAUCCCAUCUGUUGGCAGGAGCAAAAGACUGCUUCCUUUGCCCUAAUGGCUUUUUACCCCAAGCUUCCGGGGUGCAGUGUCCUUGUUCAAACCAAUAACGCAAUUAUAAAAGUGUAUAUUAAUCAGCUUGGGGGAACCUGCUCGAGUUCUCAUAGAGGAAACUCACCAGCUCUUCGACUGGGUGGAAGCAAUUUUGGUACCCCUAUUAGCACACUAUAUCAGCAGCAUGGCAAAUGGAAGGGCACAGUGGCUCAGCCAGGAGGAUCUAGAUGGAGCUGAACCCGGAGGUGUUCCAGCAGGUGACAAUUGUGUUUGGGAGUUCUGUAGCCGACCUCGUUGUCACUUCCCUCAACACAGGUUCCCAAGCUCUUUCCCAGGUGUAACUGUGGCUAGGACUGAUGCCAUAACAGCUACAUGUCCCAGAGGACUGGCCUAUGUUUUUCCCCACCUCCUUUGAUCACUAGAGUGUUAGAAGAAGAAAGUGCAGGAGGCAGAAAUAGUGUUGGUGACUCACACUGGCCUCACAAGGAAUGAUUUUUCCACCCUCAUAGUCCUGCAGUUGACAUGGUUGUGACCACUUCCAGUAGUGCUUUUGAUAUAGGGGGAGGUUUGGCACUGAAACCCAGUGUGGCUCCUGUUGGAAGUGGGGCAAGAGCAACUCCUGUUUGCGUUAUUUUUUUGUAUUCCAGAAAGAAGAUAAAGUUAGGGUCCUCCAGCUGGCUAAGCUUGCCCACCUUUAUCUGUGCUGUUCUCCACCUAACUUCCUUCGGUUGCAAACUGAUAUACUCAGGGAAGCUUAUCUGCCCCUCCUUCCUUUGUCUUCUUCUUGGACUGUCUGAGGACAGGGGAGACAUUUGUGUCUUUACUGUCUCUCCUGAGCCAUGAGAGCAAUACCCAAGUCUGGGCAUUGCGCUUCCAACUUUAGUUAGUAUGCCUUUCCUCUAUGCAUUUCUAUAAAUAAAGUAGCUUUUCUUAUUUUACUAAGUUUUAAGUCUCAGUGAUCUAAAUGCAGGGUAAAUACACAUACUGGCACACAUUCAGACCGCUGAGGAUCUCUGCAUAUACAUACAUAUUUCUAUAAUAGUUCCAGCUUGAUGGGUGGAUAUUGAAUGGGAGAUUCAAUACUGCUAGAUCAGUAGUCUCCAUUACCCUGGCUGUGCAUAGAGGCUCCAGCAAGUGAAUCUAUGAAUUUACGUGGUGUGUCUUUGCUAGGUGGGGGACAUAAGGGAAUAAGGUUGUAACCACAGGGAUGGGUGAAUGAAAUUUGGGCCUUCCACAGGAUGGAUUGGAACAAAGUUUUUGCCCCAACACUCUUAAAUGACAGGUGUUGGUUGUCAGAUCUAUCCCGAUUGAGGGGAAAAGUUAUCCACUUUCCUCCCAUCCACAUAUUUAGUUUACUUGGAGACUUCAAAACUAUGGCGCUAAUAAUCCAUUGUUUCCCUAUGCAGAUACUGCAUGCCUGACCAAGGUUCCCUUUGAUCUAUUAGUGUGCCUUAAUCUGGUUUCUCUCCUGGAAGAUGGUGCUUUUGGUUGGAAUUACUUGUGCUUACGGGGUGUCAAAGUUACGUGCCCUAUUGGUCUGCCAAGGUUUAUGUAUUUUUCAUCAGGACUCAGUGACCCUCAGAACGAUCUCACAUUAACUUUGAAGGUUAAGUCUGUUUCACCAUUCUUGAGAAUUUAUUUUACCUUCCUUUUGUCCAAAUCUUUCCUGCAUGAAAUAAUGUGAGUGGCACCUUCUUGAUGUAAUACAGGUAUUGCAAAUCUAUGUCAAGUGAACUGGAGACUUCUGGCUGGUGGAAUCCAUGUUCUGUUUUCACCUGGCAUCUAUGGGUAGGAAAAUUUUCAAGAAUGUUCUGGCAAGCUGGAUUGCUAUGUGCUGCUGUUUCUGGGAGGAUCAUGGCUCAUGCUACUAGGAGUACUUCUACUUUUAGCAUCAACAUUUUCCUUGUGAGCAUCUCUAGAAUAACCACUUGGGCUUCAUCUUGUUCGUUCUCUACUACAGGUUGGAUGCCAGGGCAUCCUUUGGCAGGAGAGUUUUCCAAAUAAUUAGAGACUGAAAGGCAGCUGUCACAGCUGGGUUCCUCCCUAGGAAUUCUCAGCUCUUGGACAUCCCUACUGAACAUAUCAUUCUCCACUGCAAGAAAAAGGAAUACUGCUUUUCUGUAAUGGAGCAUUAUAUCCUAUACACAGUCUAGAUCUAAGGGAAAAAUAUUUGCUUUCUGUUUCGGGACCUGCUGUGUUUUUCAUCCUGUUUUUUUCUCCCUUGGGUUUGAUUGGUCGAAAAUGCAUCUCAGGAUUUUUAAGGAGGGCUCCUCUGUUACCUGUUUACCUGCUAUUCUCUAGAGCUUUUACUGUCUUAAGAGUGGGGGAAGGUUGCUGCCUCCUAAACUUUAGCCCUGCCUUCUGGAGCAAGUGGGACAAGUUACCUGACAGAAUAUCAUCCUGCCACCAUAGAAAAUGAAUUUAUCAUUACUAAGAAUGAACACCCAUUUCCUAUGUUCUUCCUAUAUUUCUAAACUGUGAAUUACAACUCAUCAAGAGGUCCAACAACUUGAACAGGGACAAAAAUUAGUGCACUUAAAGUUAAUUAACUUACCAGUGCCAGUAACAACUGUUUUGUGAAUGGCCACUGUUAAUUGUUGUGUGUUCUGUGUUGCAUUUUCCUCUGAUCUCACUAUUGACCUCCCCCAAAAUGUUUAUAUGUCCCUAACUCAGGAUAGCGCUUUAUGCAUCUGAUGAGUGGACUCUAGUCUACAAAAGCUUAUGCUGUAAUAUAUUAAGAUUAAAAAGCCUCUGUAGUUUUUACUGCAACAAACUUAAUACAGCUACCCUCUGGAAACUGGUUUUCCCUGGCACUUGUGGCCUCUAGUAGGGACACUGGUAAAUAGCUCCAUUUAAUAACCAAAAAAUAGCUUGACUGCCUGGCUAAGUGAUAUAGGCUAUUCAAAUUAAAUAUUCCUGAUUUGAAAUAUAAUGCUGUAUUCUAUGGCAUUAUCCUUUUUGCUUUAGUUUAAUGACCUGUUGAAAUGUAGUGAUGGGCAAACUGAUCCCAUCAUAAUUUGAUUGCCUAAUUACAAUUACAAAACCUUUGAAUUUUUUCACAUGUACAUUUUAGGAUUGUGGCAUAUUUCAUGUAGUGAUGUUUUCUACCCGAUAUGUAAUGACUCCUCUUUCUCUGGUGUUGUCACACAUGCUUUGUUUACAAUACUUUACUGACAUGGAGUGGGAGCCCUAGGUAGCAGAUACAGAAACAAGCCAAGUGCCAGCAACAAAAAUGCAUGUUCAUUGUAAGACUCAGCAUGUUGCUUAUGCUGUUAAGGAGGACACUAAGGUUUAAAGUAAAAUUCCAUGUGAAUUGCAGAUAGGGAUUUAAUGCUCUUCAACAAUCAGAAAGUAAAGAAAUCAACAAAUAACAACAUGUGCAAUGAUGGUAGACUUUGCUUAGUCAUCCAACCAUGCACACUGUACAGGAAAUACACAUUAUAAUCUCUGAAUCACAAUAAUAAUGAAGUUCAUUGGUUUGAAGUCUGCAUGUAAUAAUUUGAGGAUUACAGACCUACUAAAUUUGACUUACACACUACGUUUGACUUUCAACUGUCAGUAUGGAAAUAUGGCAGCAAGGCUCUAAAACAGUGUUUCUCAACCAGUGUGCCUCCAGAUGUUGUUGGACCACAACUCCCAUCAGCCUCAGCCAACAUUGCCAAUGGUCAGGAAAGUUGGGAAUUGUGGUCCACCAACAUCUGGAGGCACACCGGUUGAGAAAGGCUGCUCUAAAAUCUUGAUGGUGUGACUCCCAUUAAGCAAAAACAGUUUGUUGGAUGUUUUAAAACUUACCUACAUAGGACUAGGGAAUGUUAAAAUUGCAAAAUAAAUAAUACUUAUUCUGCUG